AAGAGUGAAAAGAGGGAUAAUAUAUCCUCUGCUGGAAGAAUCGAGUUUUUAACGAAGCUUGUUGUACACGCCCAGCUGGAAUCAAGUAAUCUAUUUGAAAAGACAACAACUAUGAAAAUAAACUGAUUGUUUAUUAGUCUUUUAGUUCUUUUGUGUUCAAUACAAGUUUUGUUUUGAGAUUAGAAUGUCUGUGAGUGCCAGUGCAGAAAACCUGUCCACCGAUGCUCAGAGUUGUGAUGGAGGCUCCAUGUGCCUGGAGCUUGCCUUGGAAGGGGAGCGGCUCUGCAAAGCAGGAGACUGCCGUGCAGGAGUUGCAUUCUUUCAGGCCGCCAUCCAAGCUGGCACUGAUGACCUGAGAACACUCUCGGCUAUCUACAGCCAGCUUGGAAAUGCAUAUUUUUACCUAGGGGACUAUAAUAAAGCUAUGCAAUACCAUAAGCAUGAUUUGACAUUGGCAAGGACAAUGAAUGACAAACUAGGUGAAGCAAAAGCUUCCGGAAAUUUGGGCAAUACAUUGAAAGUAAUGGGAAAAUUUGCUGAGGCGAUCCAGUGCUGCAAGAGGCACUUGGAGAUUUCUCGUCAGCUAGGUGAUCGCCUGAGUGAGGGCAGGGCUCUGUACAACUUGGGGAAUGUGUACCAUGCUCAAGGCAAACAGCUGGGACGGGUUGGACAAAAUGACCCGGGACAUUUUCCUCAGGAAGUCAGAGACUGCCUUAUGCAAGCAAUUGCUUAUUACGAGGAGAACUUAGAGCUGAUGAGAAGCCUUGGUGACCGACAAGCGAUGGGGCGGGCUUGCGGGAAUCUGGGCAACACUUGCUACCUUCUUGGGGAUUUUGCGCGCGCUAUUCGUUACCACACGGAACGGCUGCAGAUCGCCAAAGAGUUUGGUGAUAAAGCAGCAGAGAGGCGAGCCAACAGUAACCUUGGAAACUCACAUAUAUUCCUCGGACAGUUUGAAAAUGCUGCUGAACAUUACAAGCGUACUUUGGCGCUCGCCGAAGAGCUGGGCGACGCGGCAGUGGAAGCCCAGGCCUGUUACUCUCUCGGGAACACGUACACAUUGCUGCGGGAGUACCGCAUCGCCGAGGAGUAUCACGCGCGCCACCUGGCGGCCGCUCGCAAGCUUCAGGACCGUGUCGGAGAAGGCAGAGCCUGCUGGUCGCUAGGCAAUGCGCAUGCAGCUCUCGGCAAUCAUGAGAAAGCUCUGUACUACGCUAAUGAGCAUUACAAUAUUUCCAAAGAAUUGGGUGAUGUAUUGGGCAUGGCGACAGCUCAGCUGAACAUAAGCGACCUGCGCAAGGUGCUGGGCUGGCCAGCCGAGACCGACUCACCGCCUACGCCCUCCCUCGACGCAGAGAACGACAAGACUCCCUGCACACCCUUCAACGCACUGCGUGUCAGGAGACAGAGCAUGGAACAGCUCUCGUUAAUACAGAUAACCCCAGAUGCUAAGAAGAAGGAAGGUGAACAGGAAACACAGAAGAAAAUGGAAGUAGUAAGGGCAGAGUCUGAAGAAAAUCCGGUGGAGACAUUCUUCGACCUUUUGAGCAGAUGCCAAUCAGAGCGCAUGGACGAACAGCGAGCUACGCUUAACGCGAACAAGGAGAACAGACCUAAACCUAAAUCUAGCACCAACAAGCUCCAACGAUCCGCUAGCAGUGGAAAUAAAACUGCCGGGCCGACGGACGCGAUGUUGGAUAUGAUAACGGACCUGCAGUCUGACCGCAUGGACUCGCAGCGUGCGGAGCUGCAGCCAGCCAAGAAGCUGACGAAAGAGAGUAAGGGCGCAUCGCUCCCAGGACUGCGCCCCCAGCAGACCACCAGCGCCAAGCCCGAGGACGACUUCCUCGACAUGAUCGCUCGUGUUCAGGGUUCUCGCCUGGAAGAUCAGCGGUCGGAGUUGCCUCGUCCUAAGCCGGAGGAACAACGUGCCAAGACAGUCCCAGACGAUGACUUCUUUGCGCUCCUAAUGAGGGCACAAGCUGGUCGCAUGGAGGACCAGCGAGCUACGAUUCCACUACAGGAAAAUCGUCAAAAUAAAGGCGGAUCAAACCCCAAAAAAUAGACAAAGAAUAUUUGUAUAAUAAUUGUUCUAGCUAUGUGGUCACGAAAAUGUAAUGUUGUCUUGCCACAGAACACAAUGUUUUGGCGCGGGAACCAUUUAGGUGCUGUUAUUUUUUGUGGUAAGAACAUUAUUAAUGCACUAUAAUCUUUCGUUAGGAACGUAACACUGAGUCCGGCAAAAUAACUGCGUACAUCAUUUUUUAAUUAUCAACUAACGUUGCACCGUAGAACUUUAUAGUUAUUAACAUUAAAUGUCUUUUGAACAAUAUAUUUAGACACGUAAGUUUCGUUCACAAGAAUACUGAAACCUAAAUAAAAAUAUCUAAUAACUAUAUAGCGCCCAGUCGCCUCCGUGUUACCUACAGAAUUAACCAAAUCCAAGAGUAUGUAAUUGUAUGCUGUGUGCUAGAUAUUUAUUCCAAAUGAUUUCUUUAUUUGUGACAUGUAUGUAUGUAACCCAAAAAAACCGGCUGAAAACAUAUUGAACAACAAGCAAAAGCAAAUGUUUUUGAAAAAUAUUUUAUAUACGUUAUUGUCUGACUGACUGUCUUGUUCAUUUUCAACAUUUACACUAAACUUCUUUUCGAUAUAAAACUGUUAUCGUCUGUUCUACAUUCAUAACAAGUACAAAAGAUGGACACUUCAUUUUUGACACAUGUUUUAUAAUUGAAAUAUUUUUACAAUUAUGAUAUUUCUAAGACAUUUUAUAUCUUUUAAGUAUUUUCCGACUGCUAUAUAAUAAAUAUAAUAAGUUAAAGUUUUUAUUAGAUAUCUACAGUACUACACUGUUUAUUUAGGAAUUUUGGAUUGCUAAUGAUGGUUUCUCAAAUAUAUUCUCUAUUGCACUUUAGUUAUUAAUUUUAUUAUUUACGAUAAUGGCGAAUAACAAUAUCGUAAUUCUGGAGUCAAUGUGUAAUCGAUAUACUCAAAUGAAUUUGUAAUGGCUAUGUGUAAUUAUAAAAUUAAUGGUACUAUAUAUUAAGUUUAUAAAGGGAUGGUCUACUUUAUUUUUUACUGAUCUUUAUGAAUAAAAUUGUUUAGAAUUAUAAAUCACUGACGUAGAUGGUUCCAGAUGAUGCCUAGAUUACAACUUUUUAAUUACUCGAUUAUCUAUUGUAUAGGUUAGGAUAAGGUAAAAAAUAGUGCCGAUUUUAGCAAUCAGCAACUUAUUUUUUUAGUUUAAUAGUACUAAACUAGCUCUCUCUUCCGUAUUGGAAGAACGGCACACAGGUUGAAGUUUUCCCGCCAAAAUCGGCACCAUUGUCUUAUUAUAAUGUGUGUCACCACAGCGUAAUUAAAGACGAUGUUUUAUUUCAAAAUAAAAAAGAAUACUAUUUUAUUUCAAUGUCUAGAUAACUGGAAUCAUUAAAGUAAUAAUUAAGUUUUAGUGGAUUAGUAAAUCGAAAUUAUUUUAAGAUUUUAAUCCGGUUUACGCGUAUUGUUUUCGUUUUAGCAAUAUUUUUCUAAUUUAUCAGUUUAUAAGCUCGUGUUGUAUAUUUAAUAGCACAUUAAUAUGGGUGUAAUAAUUAAAUUACUGUUUCUGUUUACGUUCGAGGUAGAGAAAAGUUUGAAUGACUUCAUAGAAAAACGAACACGAUAGUUUUCAUCACAACAUAAUUUUUAUAACUUUAUAUAUUUCUUUUGAUUUGGAACGUAAGUUGACAUUUACGAAGUUGUGAUUGCGAAGGAAUUGAUUAAAGAUUAAAACUUAGGCGCACUGCGAUGAUAGAUGUUUGAUUCGAUUUAGGGCACAAAAUACUUUGUUUUGUUACUCAGUCCCUUUGUUAUAUUUAUAGUAUUAGUCUCAUCGCUCUGCGCAUAGUAAAUGUAAAAAUAUAUUGACUAUUUGUUGAGAAGAAUCCCAAACUAAGAAUCAGAAGGUUUAUAUAGAGACAUUCGCAUUCAUUGGAUACGUAAUCAUUGAGGAUCGGUUAUAGCGUACAAGAUUUACCUAAUCUAUACCCUGUCUCUUAUUUUCUAUAUUCUUUAAUCAGUAUAGUGAUAUGUUGUAAUUUUGUUUUUGAUAAAUAUAUAUUUUUAUAAAUUUCGCUUUUUUAUAAAUACUGUUAAAAAGAAAGUGACGAAUAAAAAUGUGUUAUCUUGUUGAAUGGUGUAGAGGCAACAUUUCAAAAUUCUUUUAAGCAUCAGAUUAGGGCACAGGGUGUAGAUUUAUAUACCUACUUACAUGGUAUUACAGAUUAUGUCGCUAUCAGAUGUGGUGUGUAAUAUGUUCAUUUCUAUGUAUGGGAUCAUUCGCGUUUAAGCCACAUGUCUUUAUAAAAAGCAUAUUGUACAAACAUCUUGAAUAGUAAAAAAGCCUAAAGUAGGUAAAUAUUCUAGGUGUUAAAGUAUGAAAGAACCACCCGACGUGCAGAGGGUUCCGUAUAACUUUUUUCCCCUCAUAACACCGAAUGUGUUUAAUUUGUUGAUAACACAUUAUUGUCAAUUUCAGACAGAAUGACUAUGGUUUUGUACAGUUUAAAUUAUUUUUGCUACUCAGGGUGAUUCUUGCCCUUUCACAUAAACAAAACUUACGUCGUUUCCUAUUUAUAUGGCUGUCUUCUCGUUACGUUUUAGUAUUUUCUUUUUAGGUACCUAAAAAAAUAUAAACAUUUCGCAAUGAUUGCUAUGCAGGAUGUUUGAAUAAUACGUAAUGAGGGAGUUUCCAAUUCGACAUUCCCCAAACACACGAUAAAUGGCGUUGUUCAUUUUCAUUAUAAUUACCUAUUUACUCAUGGCUGGGGUACAUAGUUAUUAAAAAAUGAGAAGCAUAUAUAAAACUAAUUCCUGCUUGAUAUUUGUAUCACAUUAUGCAUAGAAUGAAGUUGCUAUAUUGUUUCUCUUUAUUUUGAUCAAAAUAAUAAUGGGUGAAAGUUGUAAUUGUACCUUGGUGUAAUAAAAAGUCAUCAUUUACACCCGAAAUCAAAGAUAAAAGAUGAAAUUAGAAGUUUAAACGAAGAAAAAUCUUAACAACGCCAUCUGUCGUGUUUUUGGGAACGCCGGUUGGAAAGUCUCUCAUUGUUUAUAAUACAUGUCAUUAACUAGUUAUCCCGGUGUCGCUGUGUUGAAUGCACCCGAUUCUUUUUACGUACACACAAAUUGAAAACUUAUUUUCUAUGAAUUUACAAUAUUGGUUGACACAAAAACUUUAUCUGUUGAGUUGGAAUUCCAUCUAAUUACGUUCAUGCUUUCUUUAAUUUGACCCUAAGAACUGAUUACUGUUUCAUAUGGUUUUGGCCAACGUGUGCUGUGCAGCAGUGUCAUUUUUUCACUCUAAACCGCGUCUGAACUAUCUUCCGAUUCUAUACCUAUCUAAACAGUAACUAUACCUGUCAGUACCUACCAUAAUAGCAUCUUCGCCCGUUUGGUUUUUGUUCGAAAAUGUUCUCUACAGAACCUGUACACUAAAAAAAUGCUUGAAGAAUCGGGGGCAUUAGACACCGGGGCAUAAAAACGGAUUCAUUUAUAUGAUAAGAUUUACCAAUAGUGAGCAUUCGUAUAAUUUAUAAAAUUGUACCAUAUUCGCAGUCAUUUAAAAGCAUUAAAAUGUGUCUUGAAAAGCCUACUAGAUAUAUUAUAAUGAUGGUGAGAUGACGACUAAUGUAAUGAAGUAUGAAAUUUCUUUCGGUAAGUAAUAUUAUGGUGAUUAUAAAUAAAAUCUAAUCAAAGAUGUUGUAAAUCUGUGUCUCAAUUAUCAAAUUAACAUUCCAUCCAUUUAUAAAACACUCAGGAUAUGAUAAUUUAUUUUUACUAUGUGGACGUCGUAAUAAAUGCUACACCAAGUAGAGUAAUGAAAAAUGAAAUGGCCAAAAUUAUGUUUCAAUGUAUUGUAAUAAUAAUAACAUUUAAACUAUGUAUGUAAUAAUUGUUAUUCCAGGCCAAUAAUAAAUGCCAAAUUACUAAUUCGAAUAUA